GCCAAUGCAUGUAGGCUUUGUAGGGUUUGACCAUGUUGUAAAUUAUUAUUGCUGACUACUUUACAUCUUUAUUUUACAUUUAUAACUACAUAUCUUUGUGGACUAAGGGCUCUGUUAUUUACCUUUGAUUAUUCCUAUAUUUAGGUGUUCUUACUCGUAUUCCUGUAGGCUAUCCCAGCCAAAAUAGCCGUAGCAGUUUGUUUGUAGGCUACAUCAGGACCCUGUUGAUUACCUGGGGUCGAUUGUGAUAGGAGUCUGAAAUAUCUCUUUAGGAUAUCCACAUCCAGCAAACUAGGUUGCUAUGGUAACCUGGGCACGAGGACAUCACCCUGACAAUGAAAGGGUGUGUGUCUCCACGCCGACGGGGGUUACUGGAGAUUGGUGGUGUCUUCUCUUCCUCAGAGGCAGAUUUGUCCCUGACAACUGGAUUGUCUGGUGGCCACACCGGCCUCGCCACGUCCAAACUGCACCACGGAAUCUGAGGAGGACACGGUCAAUGGAGGGAUGCUCACCUACAACCAGACGCACAUGAGGAAGGCUUUCCAGCUCAUGAAUGACCUGAGGAGUAAAAAGAUGCUCUGUGACGUCAAGCUUGUGGCAGGAAGCAUUGAGGUGCCAGCUCACAGGGUGGUCCUUGCAUCCUGUAGCCCCUACUUUUGUGCCAUGUUUACAGGUGAUAUGAGUGAAAGUAAGGCUCAUCAGGUGGAGAUCAGAGAAGUGGACGGACAGACGUUGAGAAAACUAGUCGACUACAUCUACACAGCAGAGAUCGAGGUCACAGAGGACAACGUCCAGGUUCUGCUGCCAGCAGCCAGUCUCCUCCAGCUGAUGGAUGUUCGUCAGGUUUGUUGUGAGUUUCUUCAGUCUCAGCUUCAUCCUACCAAUUGUCUGGGCAUCAGAGCCUUUGCUGACCUGCACACAUGCACGCAGCUCCUCAACCAGGCCCACGCUUAUGCUGAGCAGCAUUUCACUGAGGUGGUGCAGGGUGAGGAGUUUCUGGGCCUUUCUCUGCAGCAGGUUUGCAGCCUCAUCGCCAGUGAUAAACUCACUGUUUCCACUGAAGAGAAGGUGUUUGAAGCAAUGAUAGCCUGGAUCAAGCAUGAUAAGCCAGCUCGUCUGGAGCACAUGCCCAAACUGAUGGAGCAUGUCCGACUUCCACUGCUGUCCAGGGAUUACCUGGUACAGAUUGUUGAGGAGGAAGCCUUGAUAAAAAACAACAACACCUGCAAAGAUUUCCUCAUAGAAGCAAUGAAGUAUCACCUGCUGCCAGCUGACCAGCGGCACCUUAUAAAGACGGACAGAACCCGACCGAGAACUCCAAUCAGCAUCCCUAAAGUGAUGAUUGUUGUGGGCGGUCAGGCUCCUAAGGCAAUACGCAGCGUGGAGUGUUAUGACUUCCAGGAGGAUCGAUGGUACCAAGUAGCUGAUCUUCCUUCAAGACGCUGCCGGGCAGGUGUGGUUUCCAUGGCAGGCCAUGUGUAUGCGGUCGGGGGGUUUAACAGUUCAUUGCGGGAGCGGACGGUGGACGUGUAUGAUGGAGUAAGAGACCAGUGGAGCGCUGUGGCGAGCAUGCAGGAGAGACGCAGCACUCUGGGAGCAGCGGUGUUGGCAGAUGUACUGUACGCUGUGGGAGGCUUUAAUGGAAGUAUAGGUCUGUCCACAGUGGAAGCCUACAAUUAUAAAACCAACGAGUGGACGUACGUCGCCUCCAUGAACACACGACGCAGCAGUGUGGGUGUCGGGGUGGUUGAUGGUAAACUGUAUGCAGUAGGAGGUUAUGAUGGCGCGUCUCGACAGUGUCUCAGUUCUGUGGAAGAGUACGACCCGAUCACGGAUCAGUGGUGUUAUGUAGCUGACAUGAGCACACGGCGCAGUGGAGCAGGUGUUGGUGUGUUGGGCGGUCAGCUGUAUGCAGCAGGAGGACACGACGGUCCUCUGGUGAGGAAGAGUGUAGAGGUGUUUGAACCACAGAGCAACACCUGGAGACUGGUCUGUGACAUGAACAUGUGCCGGAGAAAUGCAGGUGUGUGUGCCAUCAACGGGCUGCUGUAUGUGAUCGGAGGAGACGAUGGCUCGUGUAACCUCUCCUCUGUAGAGUUUUACAACCCGGCCACAGACAAGUGGAGCCUCAUCCCCACAAACAUGAGCAACGGACGCAGCUAUGCUGGAGUCGCAGUGAUUGAUAAGCCAUUAUGACCAGAGGGCUCUUAUGUCUCACUGAUGUCUGAGGCACAUGAACAAAGGGGAACGGUGAUGCCUGAGAUGGGACACCUUUACUCCUUCCACGUAAUAAUCAAGGAGUCAUCUGGAGAAGUUUAAACACAAACUGCUGCAUUGUCAAAACAUUUCUACAACAUCCUGUCUUUUAAUGACAUAGCUGCACAGAUUCAGAGCAAUAUCCACAGAGGACAGUGGGUUUAUAAGAAACUCGUCUUGGUUUCAAACACCAAGCACAAACAUGUGGCUGUAUCAGCUGAUGUAAGACUGACACAGAAGAACUGAAGACAAAGGGGCCAAAUGGAGAGUUCAAAUGCUUUCUGGUGUAAUGACUCUACUUUGAAACCUGCAGACAACAUAGGAGGGGUUAUUUUUCAAAUGUUAGACUUGUCUCAGCUCCCUUGAAUUCAAAUCAGCACAAAGCAAACACACAGUGUUGACAGAAGGUCAUGAUAUGAACCUCCAGAGAGUGGUGGCAGUAUUUUGAGUGUUUUUGCUCUCAUCACAGAGGCCUGGACGUUAAGAGCUUCAAGAUCUGUGAAAGAAUGUAAAAAAUGUCUUUAUAUGCAAAUCAGAAAUCAUAUUUAAUAUUUUUGAGAUGUUUUUAAAGAUGUAGAGAACCACUGCUGUGGCUUUAUGCUCAGGCCGGUUGAUCCGAUUCGAUGCAGUAGGACUUGAUUCUGUCGUCGACACACUACUGAUGCACUGAUCACUUGCACUGAUUGAUGAGAGGCCAGCAGAGAAACGUCUGCCCCUCUGGCUGACUAACAAACUAGAUAACUAGAUUCUGCCUCUCUUACUGAUCAAACAUGUUGGAGCACUUACUUUGAGGCCAAUAAUGUCAUCAGAAAUUGUAAAAAGUGCCAGUUAUAUGAUCAGUACUAUGCUGGAGUCACAAAGUGUUUUUGUGACUUGUUUUUUUUUCCUGUUUCUUUUCCAAGGAUGGCUACACAGGAGAUAAUUCUUUAAUCUUAACUGAUUUUAAAACAUGGGGGACCACAGAUACAGGGGCAGUUUCAAAAGGUUUUUAACAUUAUAAUCCUCCAAACACUCACACAAGACGACUCAGCCAGACCAUGAGACGACUCCCCUGUCGUUUGUUGUAACUUAUGGGUGGAGAUUCCACCGACACAAGAUUUCACAGAGACUCGUGUAAUCAAAUGAUCAAAGAAAAUCAAAUAUGGAGAAUGAUUGUUGCCAUCAGUUGGAUUCUGGCGUGCAUUCUGUCUCUCAGUGAAAAACAAAACAAGGGAGAGAAUGUGGGUGAGAUCUUGGCUGACAUCAGGUAAUGUUACCUGGUCUGAUCACUCUCAUUAGCUAGUGCUGGUCUUCUCUGACAGCCUGGCCUGGAAUCAAAAAUAUCAAGCUUGCCCGAUAUCAGGGAGGCUCUGACUCAAUAAAAACCACACAUUAAUGAUUAUUUAAACAAUCUGUAUCAAAAAGCCUUAAACUAGGUCAUUCUCCCAUGAUUGUCAAGAAGCAAAUCAGGCCUAAAAGUCGUGCUUAAAAACCAUCUGGUGUGUAGCCAGCCUAAGAGAGCGUGUCAAAAUACACUCCAUCAACUCAGCUGUAAAUUAUAAUGUAAAAGAAGCAGGUAGAUAUUUCCUAUUUAUUGUAAGUUUAUUUCAGAUGUAUACAAAUCAAAAUGAGGUUUUCAUUUCAUCUUCUCAUCUUAGUGUUACACUUCUCUCCUCAUUCAGAUGAUAGUGGUUUUUUUAGGUCUAGUUCUUACUGACUGACUGGUGCCAUCACUUUGAAGUAAAGAGAUUUAUCAAUGCAGUCUUUUAAAAGAUGUCUUCAAACAUUUGCUUGUUUUUUUUUGCCUCUGAUCUUCCAGAAAUCAUGGAAUAACUUGAAGCUUUUAGCUGGAAUAACAAAGUUACAUAAAAAAAAAAAUUAAGGAC